AUGGCUACCGAGAAAAAUGGAAUAGACUCUCCUAAAAGUGCAUUAUCUAUUCAACCAACACCCUUCAGUAUUGAGCAUAUUCUCAGCAAUAGCAAUUCAACUCACCACGUGGGACAGCUAGAAAUUCGUCCUGUUAUUGUUGAAGAAUCUUAUGGAGAACGUGAUUCUUUGGAACAUAAUUCAAAAAAUAAUAAUAAUAAUGGAGGUGGUGGUGGUGGUGAAUCAGUAAUUGAACUAGAUUCUCAAUUGUCCAGCAGCAGUGGAGCGUCUUUUUUGGGAAAAACAAUAUCCCCGGAUAGCAGGGUAAACGUCACUCGUGAGUUGAAUAUUUUAAGAAGAAAUCUAGUCAAUCAGGCAAGCUUGUCUAAUUACAAUAAUCUUCCCCUGUCUGGGAUAACGAGAGCGAGCUUUCAAAGUCUUGACGAGCUUGGUAACAUUGGCAAUUAUCGUAAAUUUAAAGAUUCACGGGAGUCUAAUCAUCGUCAGCAGGACGAAGCUUUGGAUAUGAGUAAAACUAAAUAUCUCGAUGAAAUGGAGGAUGAUAUUUACGAUAAUCAAUCUCAUGGGCAAUUACUUCAGAACAGAAAAAAGCGAAGCAGAGCAGCAUUUUCGCAUGCUCAAGUGUACGAGCUUGAGAGAAGAUUCGCUGCGCAAAAAUAUCUCUCCGGGCCAGAGAGAGCUGAUCUUGCACGUGGGCUCAAGUUAACAGAGACUCAAGUUAAAAUUUGGUUUCAAAACCGAAGGUAUAAAACCAAAAGACGACAGCAACAAGAAUUGGGCGCGAUUGUCAAUUCAAAUGCUGCAAGACGAGUAGCGGUCAGAGUACUGGUGCAUCCAGAUGACCAAUUGAGAGGAUUGCCUUCUCUACGUAAUUCUAAUCUACAAUUACCCGGUCAAAUUUCAUGCCCGCCACAAAUUCACCCAUCAAAUAAACCGUUCAACACCUUCCCUUACUACUGUUUACCCUAUCAUCCUCUUCUCUGUCCUUCGCUCCACAGCACUCCUCCCCAUUUACAGGUGCAACCCAAUCUACCACCCGAGAUUCAACAUCAACUGCCACGUGAAACUCAAUUAUCAAAAAUUAUUCACAAUAAUGAUAAAUAA